UGUUAGCAAAUAUGUAAAGUAACAGACUACAGUGUGCGAAAAGCAACCCGGAAACGACGCUUUUAAUGGGAAGCAAAGCAAAACUUGCACAUCACUGUUUUGCGUAUUUCAGAUACAUUGCAUUUGUGUCGAACGGAUAUUUUCCUCAAAACGGCAGUAAGGUGAAGAUGGACCAAACACAUGAGGCGAGAACAAUCGUCGUUUCAGGUUUUCCAGAAAACGAGCUUGAUUGCAGGAGAAUGGCAGACAAGCUUGUGAUUCACUUUCAGAAAGCUAAAAGCGCUGGGGGGGAUGUGGAACUAAUCAAGUACCCAACACCUAUCAGAGGUGUUGCUUAUAUUACAUUUGAGGAGAAAGAAGUUGCAGACCGGGUGCUUACAGUGGACCAGCUUCUUGCAGACAAGGAAUUAGAAAAGGAAUACCCUUUAACUGUUUAUAGGUUCAGUCAAGAGGCGUUCUGCUGUGCACGCGCAGAAGUGGACUUAUCACUUUUCAGUGAGCAGGAGAAGCUGGUAAAGGAACUUCGGACCAGGAACAGAGCAGUGAUUGUCUCGUCUUUGCAGGCUAACCAGAGGGUUCGAGUGGAGGGGCCAUUCACAGCAAUCAAGAAGCUGAGAGAAGAUCUACUGCAGCUGCUUGAAACUUCACAGAGAGAGAAAAGUGUGACGGCUAGAGAUCGGAGAAGGGAGCGACAGAGCAGCAGAGUAGUGACCUCAGAGCAGGGUGCAGCACCCUUCAGUUCUGAGGCAGAUGCUUCCAACGCAGAAGCAUGUCUCAUCUGGUUGGACACUAAUGUAUUUCGGUACAUACAACAUGUUCAUAAAGAUGACUUUGAUUGUAUUUUAAAGAAACAUAAUGUGCAGGCUACAACACAGGUGGGGACUGAGCUUACAGAAGUAACACUGAAAAAGAGGUACCAAGAUCUGUGGCAGCUUGAAACAGCAAAGUUAGAGGUAGAGCAGUGGGUGAGCAAUUUGCAGUCAAAUUUACGCACUGAAACAAUUCAUUAUGAAAAAGACUUUGAAGAAGAGAAAUUCUUACAGGCAUGCAAAGAUAUAAGCCGUGGUUUUCCUAGGGUCCUGUUUAUCCCAGUGGAAGGUCAUAUUGACAUAAUUGGCAAUCCAUCAGACUGCUACUUGUUCUGUCAGCUUGUUGAAAUGCAGAUUAAGCCUUCCCUGCAUGAUAAGGAGGGGUGUUUAAGCACUAGUCCUGGUGCUUCAGACAUGUCCUAUUACAGCAUAGGCAGAACCUGUGAACCAAACUCCCUCCCUAUGACUAUGAAUUCAGAUUUGCACAGGUCUAAUCUACACAGCAGCAUGCAUUGUGACAACUGGUCUGAGAGAUAAGGAAAACCAAAAGUCAGUGUACAUAGCUGUAGAAUAAGUUUUUAAAUCGUUUUCAGUAUGUCAAGUUGCAGGGUAAACACACCUUUUGUUGAAUUUCUAAGCAAAUUGCUCAAAUGAUCUUCAGUUGUGCUCCAGUGUUAUUUACAUAUAUUGUAGGGCAAAUGCACAAUCUUUCAGAUUAGUGGACUGGAGCAGUGCAAGCUUACCCUUUCUGACUGCAGUGUAUAUACAGUAAUGACAAAUGUUAACAUACAGUCAGAAGUGUAGUGUAUAUCCUGAUAGUUCAAUGUUGAUUAUUUCAUGGAGGACCUGUUUGAAAUACUGUAUUAUUUAAUGUAUAGUUGUAUGUUACCUCGAGCAUGGUGCCGAACCUGUUAGAUCACGCCACCUCUUGAUUCUGUUUUUCCUUUCAGUCAACACUGGUUAAAUGACAGGUGGUUUCCUUGUUUGUAAAUUGGACAUCAUUUGCUCGUAGCUUCAAAGUUCAUCAGGUAUUCUGUUGAGAAAUACAACUUUAUGUGCUUGCUGAUUGUUAUAAAACAUAUUUCUCUAAUACAUUAUUAUUAAAAGAAAAACAAAUAUGUUGUUAAUUUUUCCACCUUUACUGUGUUCAUUGUGGCUGUUGUAUUUAAACUACAUUAACAUACCUAGCUUUUAAUUAAUGCAAAUCGAUUAACAGUGCUCCUGUGUUGAAAGGUGUUACUAUGAUGGAAUCAUGUGUAUUUGUAAGCAGAUCACAACCAAAAGUACCAAGUACCGCAGUUUCAAGGAUGUUAUUGGUUUCCCAGUAGCAAAGGAGUCUGUUUUUUAGUGUGCUGAACCACAUAUAUCAUUUAGUUAAAUGCUUGUAUAAAUCUCAGUCAUGUUGUAGAAGAAUUGAAUUAACUAGGAAAAGGAAAACAUUUGUAUCCAUUUUUUCAAACCAUUUAUUAUAUUCCACUCCGGGUGUAGUGGAUGCGCCUAUAAUUGUUUGUUUAUUUAGCAGAUGCCGUUAUCCAAGGUAACUUACAGAGACUAGGGUG